AUGCUGGAUGCUACUGCAGAUUCUUACACACUCGCAUGGACUCAUGGCGAUUCCCUAGACAGUCAUGCAGUUUUGUAUCGAAUCAAUUCCUUGUCCAAAAAACAAGAUCGACGUCCACACUCACCACCGGGAAGCCAGAUGACAUACGCCGGGAUACAGCUCAAUCCAACGAAUCUUCUACGCCGAAUAGAAGAGCUAGCAUCUCUCAAUACCGCCCCGGAGGAUUCAUAUCAUCCUCUACAGAUCGGCGAUGAAUUAGAUAAUGCCCGCUAUCGAGUGAUUGAUAAGCUUGGGUAUGGAGGAUACUCAACCAUAUGGCUAGCCCGUGAUUUCCGAAAGGCCCGAUAUGUGGCAGUGAAGGUGAUCACUGCUGAUGCUAGUCUUAUAACUUCUCUUGGGAACACGCUAUCUAGAUCUGGAAAAGGAUUUAUCCCACCCCUCAUCGACGAAUUUUGGAUUGCAGGUCCUAAUGGCAAGCAUAAGUGUAUCGUCACUCCGCCUGCACUGAUGAGUUUGUUUGAUGCCAAAGAGGCUUCAACCUUCGGACUUUUCCGACCCAAGGUCGCGCAGUCGAUUGUCGCUCAGCUUAUUCAUGGAGUCGCAUUUCUUUAUAGUGAACACAUUGUAUAUGACGGCAAUAUCUUAGUCCAGUUUCCUAAAGCGAUAGAUCAUCUCUCCACAUCGGAGCUGUACGAAAAAUUCAGAAAGCCAGAACCAGAGGCCAUUGUCCGUCUCGACGGAAAGCCAUUCACGAAUGGCGUACCCACUCAAUUUGGUGUCCGCAGCGAGGACAUUGAUUUUAGCGAGAGAAUCAUCCUUAGCGAUUUCGGAGAAUCUUUCAACCCACAUAUAUCACCCAAAUUCUCCUCGAAGACCCUCCCUCUCCUCCAGCCACCUGAAGCCAGAUUCUCGGACGAGCCGCUCUCCUUUGCGUCAGACAUCUGGUCACUUGCCUGUACCAUCUGGGAGAUUGCUGGGUACCGCCCAUUGUUUGAGGCGUUCUUCCCAACUGCAGACCGCUCUGAGGUCCUUGGCAUCUUACCUCCGGAGUGGUGGGAAAAGUGGAGUAGAAGACUGGAUUGGUUCAACGAAGAAGGCGAAUUGAAUUUGAAGCCAGGGAUAUCUGCGCGCAGGGCCUUGGGACAGAGGUUUGAAUACUCUAUACAAGAGCCGCGGGCUGAGACGGGCCUAGAGACUAUGACGGGAGAAGAAAGGAGGGCGAUUAAGGUGAUGCUUCGGUCGAUGCUGGUCUAUCGGCCGGACAAAAGAGCGACGGCUCAACAAGUAUUGCACUCGGAAUGGAUGAAAGACUGGGGACAACCGGCUUUGGAACAGAGCCGGAGUACUUCCAUGAAUAUCGAUCCCUCAUACAAACCAGACACAUAA